AUGUUGUCUUUAAGCAGCGACAACUGUAGAGGGCGCAUCGAGCUGAUACUCGGACCCGUGUUUGCAGGAAAGACAACAGAACUUCAGAGAAGAUACGCGAAAUACAACCAAACUAACAAGAAUUGCGUCUACAUCAAACAUCCAAACAUAACCCAUUCCAAGCUCACAAUAUCGAGCUACGUCUCCUCUGACAGACUGGAACACGUCGACAUCGAUGUCAACAUGGCUGACAUCGUGUGCAUCGACGAGGGUCAGCUCUUCAAAGACCUAGUCGAGUACUGCGACAAGUGGGCGGACAAGGGAAAGAUCGUGAUUGUUGCAGCGCUUUCCGGCAACGACAAACGAAAUCCCUUUCAAGAGGUCGCUAAAAUCAUCCCUCGCUCCGAGCGAAUAGACACGCUGACGGCAAUAUGUACGAGGUGCCGUAGCGCAGAAGCAUCCUUCAUAACCACAUACUUUGAUAUUCCACUGCCUCUAGACGGCGAGGACAACGAGAUGUGUGUCGGGGGCUCGGAGAUAUACGAAGCUGUCUGUCGCGGUUGUAGGCAACACAACUAA